GAGCCCACAGGGAGCUUGUGCAGGCGUAUAAUGGUAUCCCUGAUGUUACAGAGUGACAGCCAAAAAGAGCGAGCAAGAGCUAAAAGAUGAAGAAAUGGAAUUGUUCACAAAAUAUUACAUGGAGUGGAAAGGAGGAAGAAAAAGUGGCAAUACAUCAUAUACGAACAUACCACGAUUUUACUACAGGCUGCCAGCUGAAGAUGAAGUCUUGCUUCAGAAAUUAAGAGAAGAAUCUAGAGCAGUCUUUCUGCAAAGAAAAAGUAGAGAGCUGUUGGAUAACGAAGAGCUGCAGAAUCUAUGGUUUCUACUGGACAAACAUCAGACAUCACCGAUGAUUGGGGAAGAAGCAAUGAUCAACUAUGAGAACUUCUUGAAAGUUGGUGAAAAAGCUGGACCUAAGUGCAAGCAGUUCUUCACAGCUAAGAUCUUCGCUAAAUUACUCCAUAAUGAUCCUUAUGGGAGGAUAUCUAUCAUGCAGUUUUUCAAUUAUGUCAUGCGAAAAGUAUGGCUUCAUCAGACAAGAAUAGGUCUCAGUUUAUAUGAUGUGGCAGGACAGGGCUACCUCAGAGAAUCAGAUUUAGAAAACUAUAUUUUGGAACUCAUCCCUACUUUGCCACAACUGGAUGGUUUAGAAAAAUCUUUUUACUCCUUCUAUGUCUGCACAGCAGUUAGAAAGUUCUUCUUCUUUCUGGAUCCUCUCAGAACAGGGAAGAUAAAGAUACAGGAUAUUUUAGCUUGCAGCUUCCUGGAUGACUUACUGGAGUUAAGGGAUGAAGAACUUUCUAAAGAAAGUCAGGAAACAAAUUGGUUUUCUGCUCCUUCUGCAUUAAGAGUUUAUGGGCAGUACUUAAACCUUGAUAAAGAUCACAACGGCAUGCUCAGCAAAGAAGAACUGUCCCGGUAUGGAACAGGGACUCUGACCAACAUAUUUUUGGAUCGUGUCUUUCAGGAAUGCUUAACGUAUGAUGGUGAAAUGGACUAUAAAACCUACCUGGACUUUGUGCUUGCAUUAGAAAACAGAAAGGAGCCCGCAGCUCUGCAAUAUAUUUUCAAACUGCUUGAUAUAGAGAACAAAGGAUACCUGAAUGUCUUUUCCCUUAAUUAUUUCUUUAGGGCUAUUCAGGAACAAAUGAAAAUCCAUGGACAAGAACCAGUUUCUUUUCAGGAUGUCAACGAUGAAAUCUUUGAUAUGGUGAAGCCUAAGGAUCCUUACAAAAUCUCCCUUCAAGACUUAAUCAAUAGCAGUCAAGGAGACACUGUUACCAGCAUUCUAAUCGAUCUGAAUGGGUUCUGGACGUAUGAGAACAGAGAGGUCCUUGUGGCAAGUGAUAAUGACAACACUGCUGAUGUUGAUGAUACGUGACUUUUGAACAGGAGCAGACUGUAUCCAUAGAGAUAUCUCAGUCUGAUGCACCAACUGUUGGAAGCUGGAAACAUUUGUCAUCUGCAUCAAUGCCUCUUCCAUUUUAUCCCCCACCCCUCCCCCCCCUCACCACCACCCCUUUCCCCCCUCACCCCCCCCAUAUAAUAUAAAAUGUGGUACAUACACGAAUCGCAGAACUAAUUUCUGAAACCAAAAAAAGCAAGUGCUGUUUAAAAGGUAAUUUUUUUUUUAAUAAAUAUUUUUGGAAUUUU